AUGGCGGAGCACCUGGAGCUGCUGGCGGAGAUGCCAGCAGUGGCCAGGAUGAGCACCCAGGAGCGGCUGAAGCAUGCACAGAAGCGCCGGACGCAGCAGCUGAAGAAAUGGGCACAGUUUGAAAAGGAGGCUCACGGCAAGAAGGCCAGAGCAGAAAAGAGGAAGAAAAACAGCAGCAAGGAGAAGCGAGUGCUGUUUCCGGAGAGCAUCAAGCUGCUGGAGGCAGCAUCUCGCAAUGAUGUGGAGGAAGUUUGCCAGUUCCUUCAGCGUGGCAUCAGCCCCAAUUUGUACAAUGAAGAUGGCCUCACUGCAUUGCACCAGUGCUGCAUCGACGACUUCGGGGACGUGGUCGCGCUGCUGCUGGAGGCCGGCGCGGAUGUCAAUGCCUGCGACAGUGAGCUCUGGACGCCGCUGCACGCCGCUGCCACCUGCGGGCACCUGCACCUGGUGGAGCUGCUGAUUAAACAUGGUGCCAAUCUCCUGGCAGUUAACACAGACGGGAACAUGCCGUAUGACCUCUGCGAGGACGAUGUGACACUGGACUACAUUGAAACGGCCAUGGCAGAUCAGGGAAUAACUCAGGAGAAGAUUGAGGAGGCCCGAGCCGCCACGGAGCACAGCAUGGUGGAAGAUAUCCGAAAGCUGCUUCAGGCAGGUGCUGAUCUGAACACUCCACUUGACCAUAGUGCCACUCUGCUCCACAUUGCCUCAGCAAAUGGCUACCUGGAAGCUGCCGAGCUGCUGCUGGAACACAAGGCCAGCAUGAGCGCGAAGGACAAUGAUGGGUGGGAGCCUCUCCAUGCCGCCGCCUGCUGGGGGCAGAUCCAUCUGGUGGAGCUGCUGGUGGCCCAUGGAGCUGAUCUCAAUGGGAAGUCUGUGCUGGACGAGACGCCCUUGGACGUGUGUGGUGACGAGGAGGUCCGGGCCAAGCUGCUGGAGCUGAAGCACAAGCAUGAUGCCAUCAUGAAGUCUCAUGACAAGCACAAGUCGCUGCUGCAGCGACGCACCUCCAGUGCUGGCAGCCGAGGGAAGGUGGUGCGGCGGGUCAGCGUGACGGAGCGCACCAACCUCUAUCGCAAGGAGCACGAGAAAGAGGCCAUCGUCUGGCAGCAGGUGGAGCACCGGGAGAACGAGGCCGAGCUUGAGGACGAGGACAAGCAAACGGACGCUGAGCUCCAGCAGCACCUCCCCCAUCAGAAUCCGGGGCUGACCCAGAGAAAUGGAACUGCUGGCUCUUCUGCCCCCGGCCCCCCCAAACACCUCUACUCCAAGCGGCUGGACCGCAGCGUCUCCUACCAGCUGGCCACCCAAGAGGAGCUGUCGGCCGACCUGUGCAAGGAGAAGUCCCACCACACGCUAGCUGACCUCAAACGCCAGCGGGCAGCCGCCAAGCUUCAGCGACACCACCCAGAGGACUACCCUCCCACUGAGGGUGAGGGCCCCCUCUCGCCUGGCCUCGCUGAGACCCUGCGCGGCAGUGGUCACCCCCGCUCGGACUUGGAGCAGAACUCCGUGUACUACACGGCAGCCAGUGGCGAUCCGCCUCUUCUGAAGCUGACGGCCCCGGCCGAGGAGACCCCUGCUGAGAAGAAGCGAUGCUGUAAGCUGAUGUGA